GUCGUCGUGACGUCACGGAGGUUUGUUGACAUGUCUGUUUUUGUUGAGGAGAGAAAAUCCUGAGAGCACAAACGCGUCUGCGGUCCCAGUCCCGGCCAUAAGGAUCUGUGAUGAACUGAACAGGAGAAUGUGAAGCACGAUGGCUGACUUUGAAACCUACCAGGAGUACCAGAGAUUAGAGGACUACGAGGAGGACUCGCCUCCGGGAGAGGAGGAUCUGCUGAUUCAUGUGCCAGAGGGACUCAAAGAUUCCUGGCAUCACAUAAAGAACCUCGACAAUUUCUUCACUAGAAUUUAUCAUUUCCAUCAGAAGAAUGGCUUCGCCUGUAUGAUGUUAUCCGAGUUCUUUGAACUUGUGCAGUUCCUGUUUGUGGUGACGUUCACCACCUUCCUCUUCAAUUGUGUCGAUUAUGACGUGCUGUUCGCCAACCGAGCUGUGAACCACACCGGGCCCGGUGUGAACCCGUUAGACAGGACCAAGGUCACGCUACCGGAUGCCAUCCUGCCGCCUGAGCAGUGCGCAGAAAGGAUUCAAGGCAACAGCUGGAUCAUCUUUCUCCUAAUAAUGGCGGCCAUCUUUUGGAUCUAUCGCCUCGGGAAGGUGAUCUGCAACGUGCUGAGUUACUGGGAGAUCCGGCAGUUUUAUAUCAAAGCCCUGAAGAUCAGCAUGGACGAGUUGUGCAACUUCAGCUGGCAGGAAGUGCAGGCGCGGCUGAUCAGGCUGCAGCGCGAGCAGCAGAUGUGCAUCCACAAGAAAGAGCUGACCGAGUUGGACAUCUACCAUCGUAUCCUGCGCUUCAAGAACUACACAGUAGCCAUGAUCAACAAGUCUCUGCUGCCUGUGCACCUGCGGGUGCCCUUCCUCGGUGACGUGGUCUUCCUCACGCAAGGCCUGAAGUACAACUUUGAGCUGAUCCUGUUUUGGGGGCCGGGUUCACCCUUUCAGAACAAAUGGAACCUGCACCCGAAGUACAAAAGAUCGAGCGAGCGUCUGGAGCUGGCGAGGCAGCUGAGCCGCACCAUCCUGUUGGCGGGCGUGGCCAACCUGCUGCUGUGUCCGCUCGUGCUGGUGUGGCAAGCGCUGUACGCCUUCUUCAGCUACGCAGAGGCCAUCAAGCGCGAACCGGGCAGCCUGGGUACGCGCCGCUGGUCGCUCUACGGACGUCUCUACUUACGCCAUUUCAACGAGCUGGACCACGAGCUGCGAGAGCGCCUCAGCCGCGCCUAUCGUCCUGCUGCCAAAUACAUGAACGCCUUCAACUCAGCCCUGCUCUCUGUGCUGGCCCGGAGCGCAGCCUUCUUCGCCGGUUCGCUGCUAGCCGUGCUUGUCGCGCUAACCGUCUACGACGAAGAUGUCCUCGCUGUACAACAUGUCCUGACCACAGGGACCGCUCUGGGUGUCAUCGUCACCAUUGCCAGGUCCUUUAUACCAGACGAGCAUAUGGUGUGGUGCCCGGAGCAGCUGCUACAGUGCGUGCUGGCGCACAUCCACUACAUGCCCGAUCACUGGAAGGGUAACGCUAACAAGAGCGAGACGAGAGACGAACUGGCACAGCUUUUCCAGUACAAAGCGGUCUUUAUACUGGAGGAGUUGCUCAGUCCCAUCAUCACCCCGUUCAUCCUCAUCUUCGUCCUCCGGAGCAAGUCUCUGGAGAUCAUCGACUUCCUGCGCAACUUCACCGUGGAGGUGGUGGGCGUCGGCGACAUCUGCUCCUUUGCACAGAUGGACAUCCGUCGGCAUGGAAACCCACAGUGGAUGUCAGAGGGCCAGACGGAGGCGUCCGUGUACCAGCAGGCAGAAAACGGCAAGACGGAGCUGUCGCUCGUUCACUUCACUCUGAAGAACCCUCGCUGGCAGCCGCCUCAGGAAAGCUCGCUGUUUAUCAGCCAUAUGCGCGACAAGGUGCAGCAGGACGCUCAGGCUGGUCCGAACCCUCAGCUCCUGCUCUCCGAGGCUCCUCUCUGCACCUCGCUGCUCUCCAACGACUCCGCCACUGCUCCCGAUACCCUUCUGGCGAGCGUUCUGGCUCAUCCGGUCCUGACGGCGUCCGGGUUGCCAGGUUGGAACCGUGGCGUUGUUCCUCAGAGCAGUACGGCCUCAGCCGCCGCCAGCGUACUAGCCUCGCUGUCUUCAUCCCAGCAGCCUCACGCCGGGCGCUCACGCCCUCACACGCUCCAACCGUCCGUUUCUCAACAUCACGAAGGUCCUGUGUACCACAGUAGUGCCGCUGACAGCAUGUGUGCCAGCGAGCCGGCGGCGUACAGCCAGUCCAGUUCAGCCCUUCUGUCGGGGUUUGCGUCAGCCGAGAUGAGCCUUCACGCCAUCUACAUGCAUGAGGUGCAUCAGCAGAAGCUCCCGUGUCAACGUGGACCCGGUCAGUUACAUCCUCACGUGUCCAUAGGGGACUUUGGUGGCAACGUUGUUCCCGCGCCUCAGACGCACCCGGCCGGCCCGACCGUGCCCUCGCCUCUCCGGCUGGGAGGUUGGCUGGAGGAAGAGGAGGAGGAAGAGGAGAUCAACAGCAGCUCUGCCCCACGUCACACGAGCGGGACGAGCAGCUGAAGUGCCUUAAAGUCUUUGCGUUCAUUUUCUGGAAGAAUGUCGUGGCCUUAGUUUAACUCGAAGCUUCUUGACCGUAUGAGUCGCAUCACGGAGUCUUCGCUUCGCUGGUCUUCCGGCCUCGAGGAGUCGCGGUAUUCCGGACCUUCGGAUGAUACCAACCGUCUUCUCCUCUCUCUUAGACGCUUCAUUAGGAGGACUUGAUUUAUUUAUUUAUUCCCCCCCCUUUUGACGUGUGUGAGUUUUCAUUCUCAGAUCAAGGUUGGAGCUGUUGUGCUCGACAGGUCAGUAGUAGGUCAGCUUCAAAAAUGUCAAACGAAUGUGAACUCAUGCAGGACUGAAGAACCCUUUUUUAGGGUUCCCCCCACCCCCCACCCCCACCGAAGGGCUUUGUUGUAUAUUAUAUUAUAUUAUAUUAUAUUGCAUGUGCUGCUCUAACAUUGGAGAGCUACAAAAGGUUUGUAAACGUAGUGUCGACGCGGCCCAAGUACUUCCUACAGAGGCGCCGAAACGUACACACAGUUUUACGUCCGCUGCUUUUCUGUUGUCAGAAUGACACUAAACUUCUUUUUUUUAUUUAUUUAUUAAAUAAGGAAUAACACUCAUGAAGCAUUGUUUUAUUCAUGUCCCUAUAACAGCAUGUCCUGAAGUGUUUUUUAAGCCACAGCAAGUCUUUUUUUUUUUUUUU